ACGUUACGCGUGCCACAAAACUUGGAUCACUAUUUCUUCUCGUUUCCCACUCUCACUGUCUCGCUUCCAAACUUUCUGCGUUUUCCGCAUUCACCAGAGUUUCGGUGCUGAUAGUACACAACCUCACCAUGAACACGCUCCUCCGAUCCACUCUCAGGACCAAGACUGCUUCAUCUUUAGCAUAUGCUGCGGGUUCCAGAAGUGUUCAGGAAAAUCUCCUUCAGGUUCCUCCAUGGUCUAGAUCAAAUAGUACGGAGCCUUCCUUGGCAAAGGAUAAUGAUGUGAAAAAUGGUGAAAGUUUCAAGGGCCAUGGUAUGCUUGCUCCUUUCACAGCUGGGUGGCAGACUACUGAUUUGCAUCCUCUGGUUAUAGAAAAGUCAGAGGGAAGUUAUGUAUAUGACAUUAAUGGGAAGAAAUAUCUUGAUGCACUAGCUGGUCUAUGGGCCACUUCUUUAGGGGGAAGUGAGCCACGUCUUGUUGAUGCUGCCAUUGCACAAUUGAAGAAGUUGCCAUUUUACCAUUCCUUUUGGAAUCGAACCACAAAACCUUCUUUGGAUCUAGCCAAGGAACUCCUAGAAAUGUUCACGGCCAGAAAAAUGGCGAAAGCUUUUUUUGUUAAUAGUGGAUCAGAAGCCAAUGACACUCAGGUGAAACUUGUAUGGUAUUAUAACAAUGCACUUGGAAGACCAAAUAAGAAGAAAUUCAUAGCUCGUGCUAAAUCGUAUCAUGGUUCAACAUUGAUAGCUGCCAGUCUUUCUGGCCUUCCGGCUCUGCAUCAAAAAUUUGAUUUGCCAGCUCCUUUUGUAUUGCACACCGACUGUCCACAUUACUGGCGGUAUCAUCUUCCAGGUGAGACAGAGGAAGAAUUUUCAACUAGAUUGGCCAACAAUUUGGAGCAGCUGAUUCUGAAAGAGGGACCAGAGACUAUUGCUGCAUUCAUUGCUGAACCUGUAAUGGGUGCAGGAGGUGUAAUGCUUCCACCAGCAACUUAUUUUGAGAAGGUCCAAGCCGUUGUCAAGAAGUAUGACAUUCUUUUUAUUGCAGAUGAGGUAAUCUGUGCCUUUGGAAGGCUGGGGACAAUGUUUGGAUGUGACAAAUACAACAUUAAUCCAGACCUUGUAUCCCUGGCAAAGGCACUGUCUUCUUCUUAUUUGCCAAUUGGAGCUGUCCUGGUUAGUCCAGAAGUUUCAGAAGUUAUACACGCACAAAGCAACAAACUUGGUAUAUUUUCUCAUGGGUUUACUUAUUCUGGACACCCCACAUCCUGUGCUGUUGCACUUGAAACACUCAAGAUCUAUAAGGAAAGAAAUAUUGUUGAUCAAGUGAACAAAAUCGCCCCAAGGUUCCAAGAUGGUGUAAAAGCUUAUUCUGACAGUCCCAUCAUUGGAGAGAUACGGGGAACUGGCUUGAUUUUGGGCACUGAGUUCACAGACAACAAGUCACCUAAUGAUCCGUUUCCUCCUGAAUGGGGAAUAGGUGCCUAUUUUGGGGCACAAUGUGAGAAGCAUGGGAUGUUAGUUCGUGUAUCGGGCGAUAACAUCUUGAUGUCUCCACCAUAUAUUAUAUCUCCAGGGGAAGUUGAUGAGCUAAUCAGCAAAUAUGGGAAAGCCUUAAAAGACACGGAAAAGAGGGUACAGGAGCUCAAGUCUCAGCGCAAGUAGAGGUCGAUCUCAAUGAUGGCAUAAUAAACUCUGCUGCCUUCGGGUGAAAAAUGAAUUAUUCAUUGUAAUAACUGGAUAAUACUUUGUUCCAACGUUUUCGUUACUGUAUAUGUCCGUAAAUUAAUUGCCUAAUUGCUUCCUAAUUUAUAUUGUAGUUAUAUAUAUAUAUGCUUAGAAUAAAGCUCGUUACACGUCUCCAUAUUGCACAUAGCCUUUUAUCAAUGACGUGGCAGCUUUCAGUAAGCCAAGCUGUAAUAAGGCGAUGGAAAUUGUGCACAAUGGAGAAAUGUGUGCAUUGGCCGUUAAAAUUAAGUUAUAGACUUGUAGUGAUCUAGAGUAUCUAAUGGCUCGUAGAAAAGCGCGAGUUAUUUGUGAA